AUGUUUGCUCUAGCCUUUAUUGCCUGCUUUGCUCUGGCCAGUGCCAUGGGUGGCCAUGAAAUUCAUCACCCCCAACCUUACAAAUUCGGUUACGCCGUUAAGGACCAUCAUGGAGAACAACACAGAGAAGAAUCCGGCGAUGGAGUCGGAUCAGUUGUUGGAAACUAUGGAUUCACUGAUGACAGAGGAAUUGCCCGUCAAGUCAACUACGUAGCUGACCAUGCCGGUUUCCGAGCUCAAGUGAAGACCAACGAACCUGGAACCGCCAAUCAAAACCCCGCUGCUGUUCAAAUGAUCUCCAACGACCCAUAUGCCCGUGGUGCAGCUGAACCUUUCCUCUCUCAGCCAACUGGUAUAGCUGUUGCACCAGCUGUCUAUGGAUUGAAUGCUGGAUAUGCAGGUCUUGGAUAUGGUGGUUAUGGACUCGGAUACAAUGGCCUCGGAUAUGGAGGUUAUGGACUCGGAUACAAUGGCUACGGAGGUGCCUUGGGAUACAGUGGUCUUUUGGGAGGUUAUGGAGGUGUAGUCAACUAUGGAGCACCCUUGGUUGGUGGAGCUAUCAGAGGUUAUGAUAGCCGAUUCGUUAGAUUGAGCCUGUAA